AUGAGCAGUGAUUGUCUUCUAAUCAAUGCUUAUCAGUCAAUGCAUUCAGAGAAGAAUGUACUGUGCUACACUUAUGGCAACGUACGAUCAAAAUUUGUUAAAAACUUAAGCAAUCUUCAAAUUCAGCGACAUCACAUCAAAUAUCUAAACGAUCAAUUAUCAAUUCAGCCUCAAAAUUCAUUUCAGAAUAGCAGCAAUAGUUGUACCACUGAGCGCAUAAGGCAUCAAUUUCAUCGUGAUCGAUUAUCAUUGGAACGGAAGAAGUUUCCGCAAGUUGCGUGUUGA